GUCAAACUUGAUCACGUGGUACAAUUUCGACGAAAACGCCAUCUGGAUAAAUUUUAGCGUCAAAAACUGAAAAAACUAAACAAUGUUUAGUUUUUGACGCUGGAGCUAUGGAACUAUGUGCGUUAAGCUAAAAACCUAUAAUCGAAGUUGGUAGUAAUCGAUAUAUAUCGAAAAAUAAUAAACAAGAGUAAUAAAAUAUUUUUUUUUAGAAUAAUUGAAAAAAUAUAUGAAAAAGGUAUCAUGGACUACGGGAAGGAACGGGAAUUGUUUUAUACAUGCGGAGUAUGUGAGACUAUCUGUAAAGAAAUCUAUAGUCAUCCGUGCAUGAAGCCUUAUAAGAACUUUCAUGUUGAUAAAAACUACUAUUUUUACCCCUUACUGGCUGACAAAAGAACAAUAAUCCGUCGAGCACAAUUUGAGGACGGCACCCAAGAAGUUAUUCGCGAAUUAUUGCCCGAAUUAAAUGGCAAAGAUGAUGUUUUUCAGUUAUACAGUGGUCGUGCUAUCGGAGGUGGGAAAAAAGCAAGUGUUGAAGAAUUUGUAGACUAUUGUGUGUUAGACGAUGAAGAUGACAUGUUAAGCUUACCUUUACAGCAGAAGAGUCCUACACUCCAAUCUGCUUUGACAAAGGGUUGUAAGGGUGAAAAAAAAAGAAGCUAUCAUGUCUCAGAAAACACAAGGACCUAAACUAACGGACGAUGAAAUUGGAUUUUUAAUUUUGGAAGUCCAAUCAAGGCCGCCCUUGUGGAACCAUGAAACACCUCUAGCAAACCGCUCGUCAAAAGCUACUGAUCUACUGUGGGAAGAAGUUUCAAAAGCCAUGGAUAUUAUGUUGAAUUUUUUUUCUCUAUCAAUUUUUAAUAAGUAUUUAUCAUUUUUUUACCUGUAUUUAUCAUUAUUAUUUUUUUGCCAGAUCGAUUAUCUGCUGCUGAUGCUAAAAAAAGAUUUAAGAGUUUAAAAGAUCAAUACCGAAGACAAGUUCGAGCAGAAUGCCGUUCUAGUGGCUCAGCUCGAAUUGACCAAAAGAAAUGGAGAUUCUAUGACGCUUGCUCAUUCAUGCGCGACUGUUGCUUGAUUAAGCCAACUGUAGGUAAUGUUCCUGGAGGUGAUUUCGAUAAUAGUGGAGUUGAAGGUGAUGGUUAUAUAACUGAAGAUGAUGCUAAAAACCAUAAUAAUAUUUUUGCAGCUACUCCUAUCAGUAAAACUUCACGUAAACGUACAAAUGGAUCAUUAGACAAUAAUAUGUCUCCGUUAGCUAUGCUCGCUACAAAGAUCUGCAAGGACUCUCCACCACUCACAUUACCUUCUGCUCCAAAAACUGAUGCGGUCGAUAAUUUUUUAGCAGGUGUAGGCCAUGAAAUAAGGAAACUUCCAGAAGACAAGCAUCUUGGAGUAAUAAUAGAAAUUAUGGCUUUGGUUCAAAGUAAACUUCUAAAUGAAAAUCGAUACGAUUUUUAAAAAAUUGCUGCUUUCAACAAAUUAAAGUUUUUUAUAUUUUGGCUCUUAUUAUAAAAUUAUGUCAUCAGUAUUAUGGUCUGUUCUAAAACUUAGGCCAAAGAUUAAUUAUUUUAAACAGUGUUGAAUAGUUUUAACACAAUACUUUAUCUUGAAAUAAUUACCUGAUACUAAUAUUAAUAAUUAUAAGGUCAAAGAUCAAAUUAUAGGAUAAUAAGCUAAAAAAAAAAUGAAAUAUUACAGCAAUAAUAUUGUUUUAAGACAAAACUCUACCUUAAAGUGAUUAAGUGAUACUAAAAUUAAUGAUUUAAUAUAAACUAUUUAGUACCACUAAUAUAACUAAAAUAUCGCAAAUUGAAUUGGAUUUGUAUUUUUUUAAAACGCGAAAAAAAAUGUUUUCCAAAAAAAUUGUUAAAAACAAAGUCUAUUUUCAACGUUUUGGUUCCUAUUGUUAAAUAAUAUUGUAUAUUGCUGUUAGUUAUAAACUAAUUAAGGUAUAUACGAUCAAAAAAUAAUGUUCACUGGCUUAAGCCAAAGAUUAAUUAAUUUUAAUACUGUUAAAUAAUUUCAAGGCAAAACUACGUUAAAAUACCUAAUAUUAUUAUCAAUGAUUUAAAGAUAAAUUAC